ACAAUAUUUAUUUACUUUAUAAAAUUUGCCCAAAUAAUUCAAUUAUAAAUGAUUAGCUAGAUAUUGAAAAAGAACUUUAAAGUUUAGUUAGCCAACAAAUCACUUUUUUUAAAAAGUUGCUUAGAUAUGCAUUACAAUCAGAAAAGUAUUUUGCCUUACAAUGCUUAAGAUUUCUUUUAGGUUGUUUAUGAAGUAGAAAAUUAUCAUAGAUUUCUUCCAUGGUGCUCUAAUAGCAUAAUUCAUAAGCGAAAAGGAUUUUAAUAUUUUGAAGCAGAGCUUUUUGUAAAUUUUAAAGUUUACUAAGAUUCAUAUAUAUCUAAAGUAUCAUCAGAUGUCACAAAAGAUAAUUACCAGAUUAUUUCAUUAUCUAAUAACAUAUCAGCUUUUAAGCAUCUUUAGAGCACUUGGAAAAUAAAACCACUUUCAGAAAAAUCAUGCUAAAUAGAUUAUGACAUUGAAUUCGAAUUUAAAAAUAUUCUUUACUAGACAGUGGCAUAAAUGUUUUUAGAUAAUGUAAUAAAAAAAAUAAAUUAGUCUUUUGAAGAGAGAACUUAUUAACUCACAAAACAAAAUUACUUUUAAUAAAAUAAGCUUUCUGUAUUUGUAGAUUUAAAUAAAUAGUAAGAAGUAUAAAAGUAGGUAAAUGAAUAAGUUGUUUCUUAACAAUUCAAAUAGGUUAACUAAAUGAACUUAUAAUUAUAGGAUACGAAUUCAUAAAUAAAUAGCAAUAAAAAUUAGGACGAAACAUUUGAAUAAACCAGCAAAUCAUAGCUAAUACUAGAAAAUUAAUAAAUUAAUACAUAGAAUACUUAUAUGAGUAAUAAAUAAAGUAUAAUUAUAGAGCAUGAUUUGAUCUAAUAAAUAGAAUAGCAUAUAAAGUAGAUGGUUUAAAAGAAUAUAGCCAAAGAAGAUGAAGCUUCAAUAUUUUUAAAAAUCUUCUUAAAGAGUCCAGAAUAAUAAGAAUUAAUAACUAAUGCAUAUAAAUUUUUUAUAAUAAAUAAAGGUCUUAUUAAUAUGAAUGAAGAUCAAGCUAAUUGGAAAUUUUUAUCAGUUCUUAGAUCUUCUACUUUAUAUAAAUGA